AGUAUUGUUGGACAUUUCUUGGGUUAAGAGUGGGGUAGGAUGACAGUUUCUAUAUAAGCGGCUGAAUACCGGCGGCUCGCCCCUAUUCAGCUGCCAUCCGUCGUGCGAGAUAGACGUAAGGUUAUAGUUUAGGUUCUGUCAUUUCUUUUAUAAAGCAAAGGUACAUCAUUAUUUCAGUUCGUUAUUAUUUUGUGUUAAUCGUGUGCAAAUAAGUAUUUGUCUCAUUUAUUUUUGAUGAUUGUUUACAUAAUUGUAAUUUUAGUUUUAAGGUAAUAAAUCGUGCUUUUUAAAAAACUCUACCCGCUUCUGAUUUCUAACAUCAGAAGUGGGAUAAAAGAUUCAUUCCCACUAAUAUCCUGACUUGAUCUUAACAGUUUUAUUUCAACUGCGAAUCACUUAGUUGUUUUAUUUUGUCGUUUUUUUUUCAUACCCUCUUUUGUUUUUUUUUUCUACCGUUAAGUUUGGUGUGUGUGUUCUCUUAUUUUUCAUGAUUCAUAAUUUGACAAUGGAUAAACGGAAUCGUUCCCGUUCUUCGCACCGCCGUUCGCGCGUGUCUUGUGAAAGAUACUCGCGUACCCAUCGCCGUACGCGGAAUGGUCGUUCACGAAGUGAUUCGCGUAUUCGGUCACGGCAUUCUCGUGAUCGCUCGCGCACACGCACUCCGCGUCUCCGACGUUCGCGGAAUCGGCGCACGCAAGGAUGUCACUCUCGCAGCAAUUCGCGGAGACGCUCGCCGCACAUUAGGCGUUCCAGUGGACGGGACCGCGGUCACGGUUACGUACCACGUGGCGAGCUGGCGUCGCGCAGUGUGCGCACGCCGCCGCUGUCGCCUGUGGUCCCGCCGCCACCGAGCAAUUGUGGAUCCUGUAACGCUGUACUGGCGCGACUGGAGGCGCUGGAACAGAGUUCUCGUGUGCCAGCUUCGGAAGGACCAACCACAGUUGGACAAGGUACCGAUCAAAUUGUGGAGGCAAUUCAAUCACUGAAAUCGGAAGGAGACCUGGUCUUUGUAAUCAAGUAUGCCCAGUCCACGGGGAAGCUUGAUCAUGGCAUGCGCGGGCCCUAUAGAGUGAUUCGUGUUUUGCCUCAUGGGCGCUACGAGUUGCGCCUGGUGGCCGGUUCCUAUGGCAAAACAACCUUUGCCGCUGCGCAGUACAUGGUGCCUUGGGAAGGCGAGUGGACACCUGAGUCGUGUGCUGGUUUCUUCGAGGACAAUGACAAUGAUGAUGGUGAUAGUUUAGUUGAAGACCAGCUACUCCAGUUAGAGUCGCCUACACCAGAACCAGUACCAGGGCCCUCAUCAAGACCAGAUCACCUGGAACCAGAGGCUUCUCGAGGACUUGACAUGCCCGAUCUGAAUUAAAGCCUGGCACCUUCUGGUUUACCUGACGAGGACGUCAGGAUGUCAGGAACGGCCGUGUUGGACAUUUCUUGGGUUAAGAGUGGGGUAGGAUGACAGUUUCUAUAUAAGCGGCUGAAUACCGGCGGCUCGCCCCUAUUCAGCUGCCAUCCGUCGUGCGAGAUAGACGUAAGGUUAUAGUUUAGGUUCUGUCAUUUCUUUUAUAAAGCAAAGGUACAUCAUUAUUUCAGUUCGUUAUUAUUUUGUGUUAAUCGUGUGCAAAUAAGUAUUUGUCUCAUUUAUUUUUGAUGAUUGUUUACAUAAUUGUAAUUUUAGUUUUAAGGUAAUAAAUCGUGCUUUUUAAAAAACUCUACCCGCUUCUGAUUUCUAACAGUAUA